AUGAGUAGUGUCAGAAUGAGGGUUCUGGCAGUUGCAUUAAUUUUGAUGGUAGUAUGCUGCUGUUGUAUGGCUUCAGAUAGGUGGAGCUUGGAGGCCCAAAUGCAUGGUAAAACCAAGCAACUUAGUAACCAGAAAAUCCCUGGAACAACCCACUUUGACGUCACUGAUGAUAAUCAUCACCAUUACAUCCCUCCCAAGGAUUUUGGUAAACCUUCCUCUGACCAAGAUGAUGCCACUGACGAUAAUGAUCAUCACUACGCUUCUAAUAUGGAUAAUAAUUAUGGCAAACCAGGAGGAUUGAUUAAAACGCACGGUUAA